AUGAAGUCGUUGUUUGUCAUCACUCUAGUUCUAUUUUCAUGUCUGUGUCUUGUUGGAGUCAACCAAGCCGUCGCUGUUUCAAAGGAAGGUUCGCAAGAUGAAGAUGAAUCUGUUGCUGAGAUCACUCGUUCCUUCUCAACUCUUGAGCUCAUCGCGAAGAAUCCAUCAAUGAUGUCUAAGAUUCAACUUCCUGACUCUCUCGAGACCGACUUUGAGCUGAGAGAAUCUGUAAAGACACGACGUCGAAGGCAAGUCGACUCGCCAUCGACUCUCCCAACAUCGGUCCCACCAUCUGGUGCCGAGCAGCCAAGCCUGGGACAGAACCCAUUCGGACCAUACUCAUGGCCUAUGUAUUCUGGUCAAUGUUUCUUGUGUCCUGCUGGUGUUCCUGGAGAAAAAGGUUGUCAAGGCCCACAAGGGGUUGCCGGUAGGGACGGGAGAGACGGACGGGAUGCACCGACAGGUCCACAAGCUCAAGAAACACCCACUCCACCCAGCGACGGUGUCAUCUAUAUCCGCUGGGGUAACGAUGUAUGUCCUGAAGAUGCAGAACUCAUCUAUUCAGGUACUAUUGGAGGUGCACACUACACUCAUUCUGGUAGCGGCUCAAAUUAUCUCUGCAUGCCGGACACGCCUAUCUAUGACGAAGUAGAAACUUCCUUACAUAAUGAACGAGCCCGCCUAUACUCCUCUGAAUAA